AUGUCAUUCAACGUGCUGGCAGAUUAUUUGGUGCAGAACGACCGGGAGAACGAACCGGCCAAGCGCCAAAUGAAAUACAGUUGGGAAUACCGUCGAGGUCGUCUCGUGAAGGAAAUUCUGCGGUGGUCGCCACAUAUCGUCAAUCUGCAGGAAGUGGACCAUUUCGAGGACUUCUUCGAGCCGAGACUGAAGAACGCGGGCUAUGUGGGCAUCUACAAGAGGAGAACCGGAGAGACAACCCACGAUGGCUGCGCGAUCUUCGUCAAGGAGAGCAUGUUCCGCAUUGUAUCGUCGCACCCGAUCGAGUACAAUGUACCCGAUCAUCCGGUGCUGCAAAAAGACAAUAUUGCAUUGACUGCAGUGGUUGAGGCAACAUCGAACAGAAAACUAUUCGAACGAACGAAAACGACCGGACUCGCCAUCAUGGGAACGGUACUGCAAUUGGGAAAUUUGACAGCGCUAAAGCUCAACGAAAUGACUUCCGAGUCUACAAGCCGAACACGGUGUUCUCGCAUGAGGUAA